ACAAACUCCCCUUCCUCUCUACUUUCACUCCUCUGUAAUGAGUCACCGACUCCAAAGCAUCACUACAUUUAACCUAAUAACUUGCCGGAACAUUACUAGCUUUUCUAAACUAGGUAUACUUCCGUUUCCCAUCAAAACCAGGGUUUGGUCUUGUAAGAGUAGUUACAGAACUGGAGUUGAAAUGGAAAAACCAACUUCUUUUCAAGCUUUUGAUGUUGUAAUUAAUGAACCCGUUUCUCUAAACAAGAAGAAAGCUGCAAUCCGUAAUGCCGGUCCAGCAAAACUCCAGGUGAUUGCUGAUUUUGAUGCUACGCUAACGAGGUAUUGGGUCGAUGGGAGCCGAGGAAAUAGCAGUCAUGGCUUAUUGCAGCAGGAGAAUCCUGAGUUUGAUCUCAAGAGGGAGGAAUUAUUUAGAUAUUAUCAUCCAUUGGAGUUCUCUCCUACACUUUCCAUUGAAGAAAAAACAAAGCUCAUGGAAGAGUGGUGGGAGAAAACGCACUCUCUUCUUAUCGAGGGAGGUGUUACUUAUGAUGCCAUAAAGAAGUCUGUAUCUAGUGCAAACAACAUAGCUUUCAGGGAGGGGGUAGUUGAACUAUUUGAGAUUUUGGAGGUUAAGGGACAAUCUGGAAUCGAAUAUGUGGGUUGAGUUUGGAAGAACAGGAAGGCGGGUG